GAUCAACUUUAGCUGUGUCUGUCAUAGUCCAGUUUGUAAGAUUUUGUGUGGCGUACUUUGCUUUAUUCGCUUCGCCGUCGGUUAGAAGCUACUUUUAACAUAAUGUAUGAUAUUAGUUAGGCUAAGAAUGUACAUUUUAGCUCGAGUAUGCUUAAAUUACAGCUAGCUCUGCACAGGUUCUCGGAGGAGUUGUAGUUAGCAUUAGCAGUGCAGUUCACUGACCCUUGGCUACAUGGCGACUUAGCAACGCUGUUACACUUCUUCAAAGUCCUGAGCAGCGUCAUCAUUUUUACGGUUUUUGGAAAAAAUGUCCCAUCUUGCUGACUGUGACGAUACCACUCCGUUGCUCAGGGACGAUGCAAGCAGUGAUGACUCUCAGGAUGAAGAUUACAGGAGUCGGUGGAGGUCUAUCCGAGUCAUGUACUUCACCAUGUUUCUCAGCAGUGUAGGUUUCACUAUUGUCAUCACAUCAUUGUGGCCCUAUUUGCAAAAGAUUGAUGACAGUGCCAAUGCCAGCUUCUUGGGAUGGGUGGUGGCAGCCUACAGUCUCGGUCAGAUGUUGGCUUCACCUCUUUUUGGCCUUUGGUCCAACUACCGGCCACGUAGGGAGCCGCUGGUGUGCUCUAUUAUCAUCAACCUGUCAGCCAAUAUCUACUACGCCUACGCUUACCUUCCCAGAACCAACAACAAGUACCACAUGCUCAUGUCAAGAGCCUUUGUGGGCUUUGGAGCAGGUAAUGUUGCUGUGGUGAGGUCCUAUGUUGCUGGAGCUACAUCACUGAAGGAGAGGACCAGUGCCAUGGCAAACAUGAGUGCCUGUCAGGCCCUGGGUUUCAUCCUGGGACCAGCUCUGCAGGCAUGCCUAUCAUUCAUUGGUGAGCGUGGCGUCACGGUGAGGGUCAUAGACCUGCAGCUCAACAUGUACACCGCUCCGGCUUUACUGGCUGCAGCUUUCGGCCUCAUCAACAUCCUGCUGGUUGUUUUGGUGCUGAGAGAGCACCGUGUUGAUGAUGAUGGAAGACACAUUCGAGCCAUCAACUACACCUCUGAAGAUAGAGAUGACAUUAGUGAAGAAACUGAGGAGACCAUUGAUCAGGUGGCAGUCCUGACUUCCAACAUCCUCUUCUUCAUCGUCAUGUUCAUCUUCGCUGUCUUUGAGACAAUUGCCACGCCUCUGUCCAUGGACAUGUUCGCCUGGACAAGAAAAGAAGCCGUGUUAUACAAUGGCAUCAUCAUCUGUGGCAUUGGCUUUGAAUCCAUACUGGUGUUUCUACUUGUAAAAGUGGCCUCUCAAAGGUUCGGGGAUCGUCCUGUGUUGCUAGCAGGCUUGGCCAUUAUUUUCUGUGGCUUCUUUAUUCUGCUUCCAUGGGGAAAUCAUUACCCUAAAAUCCAGUGGGCAGACCUCAAAAACAACUCUUUAGUCAGUCAGAUGUCUAAAGCUGUGACAGCCUCCAACAGCUCUGUGGAGCCAACCGGCUGCCCGUACGAACAGACCUGGUGCCAGUACACGCCUGCCAUCAGCCUGGCCCAGUACAUCUCAUCUGACUUCCUCAUCGGGGUGGGAUACCCAGCCUGCAACGUGAUGUCCUACACACUGUAUUCCAAAAUCCUCGGCCCCAAACCUCAGGGUGUGUACAUGGGCUGGUUGACAGCCUCGGGGAGCGGUGCGCGGACAUUGGGUCCAGUGUUUGUCUCCCAGGCCUACACCAUGCUGGGACCCCGCUGGGCCUUCAGCCUCAUCUGUGGUAUGGUGGUGGGGGCCAUCAUCCUCCUCAGCUCAGUUUACCACAGACUCAUUGCCUUUUCUGUACGCCACGGGAGGAUAAUAGAAUAACAAGACUGAUGGCAGUUUUUAUCCUCAAAAACUUUAAAACCAAAAUCCAGUAAUAAUGAAGGCUCUUGUUGUUGUUACUCACUUUAAAUUGUGGCAACAAAUGAGCCUCAGAGAGUUUGCGACUCAGGGUUGACCUUUAAACUCCAAGGCGAAGAGAUAAGGCCAGGUUAUUUCUCAAGAUCUGACCAAAGAUGGCUGCUUUGCGAGUUAAAAGGGAGCGAGCACUGCAGCUGCACUUUAACUCACUUGUGAAAGAUGCUUCGUGACGCCUUUUCAUCGUCUUGAUAUCAGCGCAAUUUCAGUUUGAAUUCAAGUUACUGAAUGCAGACGUUUUAUGUAAUUGCAUUGUUGGUCUUAAAGAUAAAUAAAUUACAACAUUUUUAGUACUUAAACUUCAGCAAAGCCUUUGUCAGCCCUGAAAAUGUUCUUUUUGAAUAAAUUUUUAACAUUGAAUUGUGAAAUGGACUGUGAGGGUACAUGAAAACAAAUGCUAUCAAAUUGUCUUGAUUUUUAUUGAUAUAAAAUGUGCUAACCGCUAAACAGCAGAUGUAAAGGUACGGAUCGUUGUGUGGGACGUGGUUGCCAUCUUGUAAGGAACACUUACAACAGUGGUGGUUACCAGCUUACUUUUUGUUUGGUUUCAACUCAUGUUAAAUGUUUGCACUCAGUUCAAAAGCAAGAAAAUUUACAAUGUGCGGGUAUGUAAGUGGAGGCAGUGCAUUGGGGUCUGUAAUCUAGUUUUGGGCUGCCAAGUCAUACUGAUCUAUGUUGAUUAUCAUGAUUUCUUUGUUUGAAUAUUGUUUCUAGGUGCUGUGAUUCAGUUUCUCCUGGUUGGGUCCUUUUUUUUAAAAAUCCUUUCCACAUUUGACAAAUGUUUAGCCAAACAAUGCAAAAGGUAAGCUGGUAACCACUAUAACAGGCACAGAUAACAAUACGUGCUCCUCACAAGAUUGUCCCCGUCCCAAAAUAUAACAAGGCGUGAUGUCGAUUUCACAUUCCCUUUUGUGUUUGAUUCAUCAAAUGUGGCAUUUACUGUCCUUAAUGUACUAAUUAAACAUCUUUUAAAUAGUUAUUUUUCUUUUAAAGUGCUGAAAGUGGGAAGCUGUGCAAGGAUUGUUGUUGUGCAAGAGACGUCGACAGAAACAAACAUUACACAGGCAGUAUGAAUGAAAAUUUUCCAGUCAAAUGUUUCCACACUUAACUGUUUUCCUUUCAAGUGCGAUUUCAAUAAUAUUUUUUUGUUUCCGUUAAUGUCUGCACUGAUGGUUGUUUAAACCUGCAGGUCUGAAAUUUUUCAGAAAGUGAUGUGAAUGUGCGCGUGCUAAUGAUUUACUAACUGAUGCAUUAAAGGAUUAAUAUGA